GUUUAUUCAAUGAUCCUACUCAGUUGCGCACAAUCAGUGCGCAGUAUACUAACUUGUCGUCAGAGUCCGCCACGAAAACAUUUUUUUUUCACUUUGAUUUCUUGCCCAUUCCGGUUCCAACGAGACAUCUGUCUAUGUUGUUCUCUUGUGUCUUUUUAUAAACAACGUCCUUUCUGGCGAUGAAUAUAAAGAUAUAUUUUUAGUAGAAAUAUUAACGUAGUAUAAUUUUACCUAUAUUAUUUUUCCCUCGUUACAAAUAAAAAUGACGUAUUUAAGUUCGUGGGAAGAAUUCGAAAAAGGUGCUGAGAGGUUAUAUCUUCAAGACCCAAUGAAGUGCCUACAAUAUAGAACGGAGAUAGCACAGGAUUUAAAGAAGAUGGAAAAGUUUAUAGGAAACCUAAUGAGGCACAUGGCAUCUAAAGAGAGCUAAAUAAGGACUAGAUAAGAUUAGAGACACUUUUUGAAUCAAGGAAUAAAAGUGCUGCGCAUUUAAUUCAUUGUUUAUGUUGUUCUAUUUUAUAAGAUUCAAUGACUGAUGGGAUUAUAGAUAUUUAAUUUGAAUGAGGUAUAAAAACUUUCUUAAAUAUACAAUAUGUGCAUAAAUGUCUAUUUUGUAUUUAUUUAAAGCUUCAUGCUCAUUUCGGGCAGUUCCGUUGCCUCCUGGUUAAAGUUCUGUAACAAUACAAAACAAAACCAUCCAGAGUAGAAUCAACAGGAGGGUAGAUUUCUUGAUUUGAAGACAGUUCAUAGCGUACCUCUCCCCCUAAUUGCAUUUGCUAUACCAAACAAAACUAUUUUACUAAUUUACUACGCAGGAGAUUGUGUACGAUACAACGCACUACGUUCUAGCAACAAUAUUCCGUCGAAUCAAUUUUUCUUCGAUCCGGAGGAAGGAAAAAUGACAUAACAGAAUACUGUUGCUAGUAGAAAAGGGAAUAGCAAGCCAUAUGUAUUUGUAAAAAGCGCUUAGUGUGUCUAAAAGAUUUUCG